AUGGAAACAGUAAAAUAAAUUGAUACUUAUAUGAAAAUGGAAAAUCAUAAUCAUAGGUGUAAGAAGUUGGUGUAAGUAUAAUUAAUAAAUAUCAAAUAAUGAUAUGAAUAUAUUAAAAACGGGAGGAUGUUUGCAAGUAGAUUAUUGAUAGUUACGUUCAAAAGCUUAAUAUAAAAAGUGAAAAUGAAAAUUUCUAACAUCAAGAAUUUUAAAGAAAUAAGUUAAACGUAUAUUAUUUUUACCAAUUACCUUAACUACAAAAUUUUGAAUAAAAUUUGAUAAAUAAAGAGCAAAUAAUUUUUUAGAAUAAGAAUUAUUAGACAUAACAAAGAUAUAUAAAAAAAUUGGAAUUACAAUCAACAAAAACAAUAAUCAUUGGUAUUUUAUAUUACUUAAUUCUUGAAAUGGAAAAGUAUAGAUCUUUGAUUCAACAUCAUAUUCUUAUGAUUUUUAUAUACUCAAUUAAAAUUUAAUAUAAACUUUGGCAGAAGUUCUAAAGAUAACUUUUAAAAACGUUGAAAUUCACAAUUAAUCAGGUUAACAAAAAAAUGGUUAUUCAUGUGGAUACUUUUUUUGUAAUUUUAUGA